AUGAUGCUAUCAAAGAAAUUAGAGAAUCCAGAGGAUAAUAAAGAAUGCCUCCAGCAAGAGGCCAUUCUAUCUCAGCCUGUUUUGGACGAAAAUUUCAAGACUGAUAAGUCAAAACAGAAUCUUGAAGCGGUACCACCAGUAUCAUUUACAUCUACUCUGACUAUGAAGAUUCCAAAAAAGAAUGGUCAAAAAAAGAAGGUCUCUCUUGAAUUAGAAAUAAGACAAGAAAAAAAUGAGAACAAAGAUGAU